AUCAAAUUCCGAAGAAAGGCCGGUACUGCUGAAACCAUCGGACAAAGAUAGCGGAAUACGCCGGGUGUCCAGUUCUGGCGACUUUCCUAAAUCGAUGUCUGACGAAAAGAACGUGAAUAGAUCGCCGUUGAAAAGGAACGAAAGCGAUCCUGUGAAAUAUGACGAAGCCGAAUAUGACAAGACACGCUCGCACGAACGUUUUUCCAGAGCGCAUAACUUUCGAAGCAAGAAGCAUCCACAAAAAAGGCAUAAAGUACGAGGUCCUACAAGGGUUAAGUUGAAAUACGAAGUAUUGGAGGCUUCUAAAAAAAAUUUAUCAAAUGAAGGCGUGACCGAAGUCACCACGCUUAAGUUCCUGGAUUUGUGCGAACAGCCGACACAACGAUCUCCGAGUCCGACGCACACCUCUGUGUCUCCCGCUCUAGAUUUUGCGACGCUCCACGAACAAGUCGAGUGCACCGAACCUCUGGUUUCCCACCCGCAGAACCAGGUGAAUGAAGACAUGGAAACGAUGCCCAGCCAGUUGAUCGCCUUCAAUAAGAUGCUUUCGUCGCCCAGAAAUUCCAUCAUUGCAACUCAUCGGAUCUAUUUGGACCCAGACGUGCCGCAAAUUGCACCCAUCGCCAAGCUUUCUAGAAACCCGGUGGACGAAAGAAUUCAGAAAUUGAACAAGCAAAUCAAUAGUUGUAAGAGGAAAAUAAUGAUGAGCGAAGCUGAUUUCGAAUCGAAAACGGGAUCCAAACCAACCCAAUUUGACAAAAUGAAAGAUGGCACUAUAAGGAACCUGUACGUGGAACUUAGUAAGCUGAAGAGAGAACAGAAACAAUUGUCGGAAACUUCGGUUGGGUGUUCCAGAAUGCACUUAAACCACACGGGAGAGUCCUCAGUAGCUCUGCAAGAAACCGUUGAUGAAAUCCGGCAGAAAUUAAGGAUUCAAGUUGGUAAUAAGAACGUAGAUCUAGAUACGAUGACUCCGGAGGAACUGAUAGAAGAAAAAAUUGAAACUCAAAAGGCCCUAUUAUUUUUAGAGUCACUUCAUGGACGUCCGCAAACCAAACAAGACAGAGACCUUGUGCGUCCAUUUUAUGAUCGCUACCGAAUUUUGAAGCAGAUGGUGCACAAAGUGUCCAGUAUGAGUACCAGCGGAGAGCUCGCAACAAUCGAUGAAAACGAAGCAAUGCUUUUUGUGCCAUCCACCUCGUCCUCCAACGAAACCGAAUCGGAGCCUACGGAAACGCUCUCCUCCAAAUGCACUCUUGAAGAUUCUAACGACACCCUUCUGCCGGAGAAUUGGCACUGCUUAACCAAGCCAGAUCUAUUGAAACAAAUGAGCCUGAUUGUAGAGGAGAAAAAAAAGCUCAGAUGCAGAAUAAAAGAAUUUGAGAAACCCAUGCAUAUUAACUUAUGUAGAACUCUAACCAAAGAAGACAAAAAACCUAUGGAAGCAGUAUACGUUGCCUACAAAAAAGUGAAGAGUCGUUUGCGAUUGAUGGAGGCUUUGGUUGGCAAACUGUAAACGUGUAUUUGACCGACUUUAAAUAAAAUCCGCUUUUAUUACA